AUGAAGUACACUAAGAUAGUUUUAUCGACAAUUAGAAGAGUGCGAUCUAUCUUACCUUUAUGCAUAACAAUUGGGCUACUGUUUUACUAUACUUUUCAGAAUGAGAUCAACACAUUAAAUUCAUAUGCAGAGAAUGAAGUUAUGCCAUCUAUCAGUAAUGACAUGCAUGGUGUUAUUCAAGAUCCUCUAAACAAUACUCAUGACAUGAACAAUAAUAAAAAUGUAGGAAAUAAUUAUGAGGAAAAAAUAAAAAAUAAACAUGAGGAUCAUGAGGCCAGCAUACACACUACAGACUCAAAGAAAGCGACAUCAAAAAUAGAUUUAUCAGAUCCAAAGGUUUUGCGAGUUAAGAACAGAUAUUUUCCUUUACUUAUAUCAAACUUUACACAGGAGAAAUUUACCCACAAUUAUGACAUAGCUCAGGAUCUCUGGCUAAAUUCAUUAUUAACAACGAAGGUGAAAUAUCCUCUUCUCUUUGAAUUGGAUUUACCCACCAGAAUCUCAAAAAGUGAAAAAGAAUUAAGCUCUAAAAAUAACGAACAAGCAUAUUUGACAGAAGUUCAGAACCCAGUCAUUGACCCAUCAGUAGAUACUUCACAAUAUGAAAGUUUACUCGUUGAAGUUAAAAAUCUAUUAUCAAAAGCUUUAGAGAACGAUCAAGUAAUGAUAAAAUCAAAGCAAGCUCUUAAUGAGGCCAAGGGAAAUCAAGGGAAGGGAUUUCUAUGGCCAAUUAAGUUAUUAGACAUGCUAGACUCAUUAUAUUUGAUGAAUGAAAAUAAUAUAUUUAAUGAAGCCCUAUCGAUAAUCAAAGAAAUAGAUUUUAGAUUACCACCUAGCUCAAUUUCCUUCGUUGAUAUCCCAGACUUAAUAACUAGGGCACUAGGUGGCUUACUUUCCGCGUAUGAAUUAUCUGAAGAGCCAAUUCUACUCUCUCAGGCUAAAGUAUUGGCUGAUUUCACAUUACGUGCAUUCGAUACACCGAAUGGCAUUCCAAUCAUGCCAUACCCAUGGCAAUCACUAUAUCAAAAUAGAUUUCCAUACAGAGUAGGUGACGCAGGAUCUAUUAGUAAAAUGGCUUUAGAGUUCUCUAGAAUAUCGCAAUUAUCACAAGAUAACCGCUAUUUUUCUGCCGUUUUCGAGGUCAUGCAUACAUUAACAAAGUCUAAAGAUGAAUUUGCAAUUGAUUACAUGUUUCCUGAAGAGGUAGAUCCAUCCGGUUGCAAAAUAUUAACUGAGAAUGAGAUAUGGAGGGGCAGCCAUGGACGUGGUACUGUCAUGAAAAGUAUUAACGAAGAUUUUUCAUUUGUUCAUUGUGAACAAAAAGGUACUUUAAAGGUAUCACAACCUAAUGCUGCUGAUAAACAAGAACUAUUUGUUAUUAAUGAAAAAACGAUUCCUGUAUAUGAGAACUUAAUUAAAUUAUAUCAUUUAUUUGACAAUCAUGAUAUUAUAAAAGAUAUGGAAAAACAAAUAGAAAAGCAUAAAUUGGAAAAUGACUCGAAAGAAAAUGUUGCCGAUACAAACGCCAAAGAAGCAAUGAACGUAGAUGGCAAUAGUGUGUCACAUAGUAAAUUGGUUAAAAAAUCAGCUCAAGAUGUUAUCCAAGGAACCUUAACCACAAAAAAGGCAUUUACUGAAGCUAUGGAUCAUAUUAUUCGGCUAAUGAAGUUUCACCCUAAAACACCUUUUUCGAAGAAGUUGACUUUACUUUCUUCAUUACAAACAAGAUCCUCUUAUUCUCCAUCAAAAAAUGAAUUAAGAGUUAAAAUGAGGCGGCACCAAGAUAUGUAUGCAUAUUCUUGUGAACUUCCUUCCACUUUAGCAUUAGGCUCAAGGUUAUUUAAUAUGACCAAUUACAUGGAUUUUGCAUCUGAAUUAACAGAAAGUUGUUAUAUAUUAAGCAGUUUCUUUGAUGGUGCUAUGCCUGACCAUAUGUAUUUCGAUGCUUGUAGUAAGGAUGAUCCAACUUGUACAUUCAGUAUAGAAUCUAAAAUAGCAAGUAUCACCGCAGGAAAUUAUCAAUAUUCACCAUCAGACUUUAAUUACAUAGAUUCCAAUGAAGUUAAAAUUUCAGAAAAUCUACAAACCAAAAAUACAAUCUCUGAUCCUGAAUUAUCAAGAAUCAAUCGUGUAUUGAUUUUUGUUGGAAGUAAAGAUGCUAAUUAUGUCAGUCUUGGUAAAUCUGACCUAAAUGAGAAAAAAUCUGUGUGGUCUAAUAGACCAGAAGAUCCACUCUGGAUCAAUAAAAUGUCUGACAAGAAACUGUUGUCACCACAUACAAUUAAAUCACUUUUCUAUAUGUAUAGAGUGAGUGGUGAUGAAAAAUGGAGAGAAAUGGGUAAAGAGUUAUUUUUGAAGGUGGUAAAUACUCUGAAAAAGAAUAAUCAAAAAGCAAAAGGGCUAUGGGAUGUACAUGAGAUAGAAGGAACUGAUAGUGAUGCAUAUAUUCCAAUACCUAGUAGUUUCUAUUCGCAGACUUUGAAAUAUUAUUAUUUGUUAUUUAGUAAUAAGAAAGAGUUCAGUUUAGAUGACUACAUCUUAACUACUGGUGGGCAUUUUAUAAAAAAAGACAACUAA